AUGGCCCGCCGACCAGGCAAAUAUGGCAACAAUUACAGAUCGCAGUCGUCGUCGUUUAUACCGAAAAAGUCAAAGACCAUUGGUGUAUCGUCCUUACGGUCAAGCGAAGCGACCUCUCAGGAUGAGAAAUUUCAAGCGUUGCGUAUUGCAGACGGGAUCGAUGAGACGAUGGGAUUUGCACGAUAUGAAGCGGGGAAGAAGCGAAUCGGAUGGCUAUGCAACAUGCAUAGUACAACAAUUGAGGAUCCAAAGGUACCCGGUGGCCGAGCGGCAGUGGAAUUCUAUUUCCUCGAAGAGAACGGCGGCAGUUUCAAGGCGGCUGUCGAAUAUGAUCCUUAUUUCCUCAUAGCUACAAAGCGAGGACAUGAAGCAGAGGUAGAGGAAUGGUGCAAGCGGACAUUCGAAGAGCUAUUGAAAGGAGUAAAAGUGGUGGAAAAGGAGGAUUUGAAAAUGCCAAACCAUUUACUUGGGUAUAAAAGGAAGUUUUUGCAGUUGAGCUUUGCCAACGUCUCAGACCUGCUGGCAGUACGAAAAACCGUCUUUCCCAUUGCCGUCAAAAACAGAAAAAAUGUCAAUGCGAUGGAUACCUAUGCGGAGCUUGCAAGUGCAAACGCUGGGUUUGAUCUCUUUGAUGAUGAAUCCAAUAAUCGCGGACAAAACUCACUGCAAGAUGCUGCGGACUACAUUGUGGAUAUCCGAGAAUAUGAUGUUCCAUACCAUGUCCGUGUCUCUAUCGAUAAAGACAUCCGCAUUGGAAAGUGGUACACAGUUCAAUCAAUCCAUGGACUUAUAACGUUGACCUGCCUCGAGGAAAGGCUGCAGAGAGCCGACCCCGUCGUUCUUGCAUAUGAUAUAGAAACCACAAAACUCCCCCUGAAAUUUCCGGAUGCUGCUAUUGAUCAGGUUAUGAUGAUAUCAUAUAUGAUUGAUGGACGCGGUUACCUGAUCACAAAUAGGGAAAUAGUCUCUGAAGAUAUCAACGAUUUUGAAUAUACUCCCAAACCUGAAUACCCUGGCCCUUUUACGAUCUUCAAUGAACCGGAUGAGAAAGCCGUACUAGAACGUUUCUUUAGCCACAUCAAGGAAGCAAAGCCAAGCGUUAUGGUCACUUAUAACGGCGACUUUUUCGAUUGGCCCUUUGUCGAAGCACGAGCAAGUGUCCAAGGGAUUGAUAUGUAUGCUGAAAUCGGCUUUCGAAAAAACAGUGAAGACAUAUACCAAAGUGAUUAUUGCGCUCACAUGGACGCAUUUUCGUGGGUAAAUCGUGAUAGUUAUCUCCCACAGGGAAGCCGUGGUUUGAAAGCUGUUACCGUUGCGAAGCUGGGAUACGACCCCGAUGAGCUUGACCCGGAAUUAAUGACCAGAUACGCGAGCGAACGGCCUCAAACACUAGCCGAAUACUCGGUUUCCGAUGCGGUGGCGACGUAUUACCUGUAUAUGAAAUAUGUUCAUCCAUUUAUCUUUUCACUUUGCACCAUUAUCCCGCUCAAUCCAGACGAGGUCCUUCGAAAGGGCACUGGAACCUUAUGUGAAAUGUUACUGAUGGUCCAAGCCUAUCAGCACAACAUUAUAUUACCCAACAAACAUACGGAUCCAAACGAAUCGUUUUAUGAAGGUCAUCUUCUUGACUCUGAGACUUAUGUUGGAGGCCACGUGGAAAGUAUUGAAGCUGGUGUAUUCCGCAGUGAUAUCCCUGUUAAUUUUACCGUUGAGACUGGUGCUAUUGACGAACUCCUUCGUGACCUCGAUGCAGCGCUCGAGUUCAGUAUAACCGUGGAAGAAAAGAAAUCUAUGGAAGACGUGGUUAAUUACUCCGAAGUCAAGGCACAAAUUACGGAAAGGUUGCUGAAUUUGAAGAAUUGCCCAAAUAGAAAUGAGAGACCAUCUAUCUACCAUUUGGAUGUUGCUUCUAUGUAUCCAAACAUCAUGACUACAAACAGACUACAACCAGAUUCAAUGAUCAAGGAGUCUGACUGUGCUGCCUGUGACUUCAACCGACCCGGUAAAACCUGCGAUAGACGCUUGCCAUGGUCCUGGAGAGGAGAAUUUUUGCCAGCAAAACGUGAUGAAUAUAAUAUGAUCCGACGAGCUGUUGAAAAUGAAAAAUUCCCUGGAAAGACAAAGAACCACCCACCUAGGAGUUUCGAGAGCCUUGACGAGAGUGAGCAAGCCACAAUUGUGAAGAAACGGUUACAGGAAUACAGCAAAAAAAUCUACCACAAAAUUCGCGAAACUAGAACUAUCGAGCGUGAAGCUAUCAUUUGCCAAAGAGAAAACCCUUUCUACGUUGAUACCGUCCGCAACUUCAGAGAUCGAAGAUAUGAUUUCAAGGGUAAACAGAAGGUCUGGAAAGGCAAGGUAGAAUCUCUCAAGUCUUCUGGAGCUGCGAAUUCGGAAAUUGAAGAAGCAAAAAAAAUGGUUGUUCUCUUUGACUCUCUCCAGCUUGCCCAUAAAGUUAUUCUGAACAGUUUCUAUGGCUAUGUAAUGAGAAAAGGUUCUCGGUGGUAUUCUAUGGAGAUGGCUGGUGUUACCUGCCUGACUGGAGCACAUAUCAUUCAAAUGGCAAGGGAGCUAGUUGAGCGGAUUGGACGGCCCUUAGAGCUUGAUACAGAUGGUAUUUGGUGCAUGUUACCAGGCACUUUUCCAGAGAACUUCGUGUUCAAACUUGUAAAUGGCAAAAAGCUCGCCAUUUCAUACCCCUGCGUUAUGUUGAACCACCUAGUUCAUGGUCGAUUUACAAACCACCAGUAUCAGACCCUUUCGGAUCCUUCUACGUUCAAAUACACAACUCACAGUGACAAUUCCAUCUUUUUCGAAGUCGACGGCCCUUAUAGAGCAAUGAUUCUACCAACCUCAAAGGAAGAGGAUAAAAACUUGAAAAAGCGUUAUGCUGUGUUCAACCACGAUGGAUCCCUUGCUGAAUUGAAAGGGUUUGAAGUCAAACGAAGAGGAGAGCUUAAACUUAUCAAGGUGUUCCAGACGCAGAUUUUCAAGUUCUUUCUCGAAGGAUCUACACUUGAAGAGACAUAUGGGGCUGUGGCUGAAGUUGCGAACAGAUGGCUGGAUGUUUUGGAUAUGCAUGGGUCAACGCUAGCAGAUGAGGAACUCAUCGAUAUGAUUUGUGAGAAUAGGAGUAUGUCCAAAACCAUUGAAGAAUACGGCGGUCAAAAAUCUACAUCAAUCACCACCGCCAAACGGCUUGCUGAAUUCCUAGGGGAGCAAAUGAUAAAAGAUAAAGGGUUAAACUGCAAGUAUAUCAUUUCUGCAGCACCCAGAAACUCCCCUAUCACGGAACGAGCUGUGCCCGUUGCUAUAUUUUCAGCCGAGGAAAAUAUUAAACGGUUUUUCCUGCGCAAAUGGCUGAAAGAGGACCCUGGAGAUAUGGACCCGCGUACCAUAAUUGACUGGGAUUACUACCUAGAACGAUUGGGAUCUGUGAUUCAGAAAUUGAUAACUAUACCCGCUGCUCUACAGAAAAUUUCCAAUCCUGUCCCAAGAGUUGCUCACCCAGAUUGGCUUCAGCGACGGAUCAAUACCAAAGAAGACAGGUUCAAACAAAAGAAAAUGACCGAUCUCUUCACCAAAAAUCCACUAGCAAAUAUCUCGACAAAUAUUAUGGAUCAUCGUAUUCCUUCUACCGGUGAUAUUGAAGACAUGAUGCAACGUCGAAGUCAGAAACCAGGUACACAGUUGGGGAACAAGCUCAUUCAGAAACGGAAAGCCCCAGGAGACAACACUACAUCCCAAGACCCUUUUGCCAGUCUCCCACCGGUAAUGCCUUCGAUAGAUAAGAACUAUGAGGACUGGCUACGCUACCAGAAACAGAAAUGGAAGAUCCAGAAACAAGCACGUCUCCGUCGCCGCAAGCUCUUUGGUGCUAAGAAAACCGCAGCUUCUGAUUCAACUGGCAGUUUCUUCCGAAAUCAAGCUGAACUGACUUACGUCAAUACCUGGCAAAUAUUACAACUCAGGGAGACUAGCAGCCCGGGUGAGGUGAGAGCAUUUGUCCUAAUUGAUCGGAAAGUGCACACCAUUACUAUCAAAAUCCCACGCCAGAUAUUUAUCAAUUUCAAAGACGUGGAUCUUCCAGAUGUUGAUAUAACUGGCUGUUCUGUGCAGAAAGUCAACCACACGCUGCCAAACGGCCACCCUUCCGUCCAUCUUUUCCAACUGAGCAUGCCGGAAGAGACAUAUCUGAGAGAAGCGUCAAAGAUAUCACUACUACUUAACCACCCAAGUGUUGAAGGAGUGUAUGAAAAGAAAGUGCCCUUUAACAUUCGGGCCGUCCUCAAACUUGGAAACCAUUGCACCUUCGAUGAGGAGCAGCGAGGAGUUCUCGGCAAAGGUUUGGAGCGUGGCUUUGAUUUAUCAACUCUUCUCCCAGCCCCGGAACCGGGUGUAUAUCUUGAAGGAGCAGAAUUUCAAUACGUCUUGCUCUAUCAUAUAGUCUCUGGCGAGCGCGAGAUAUUCUCAAUUUUCUCCACCAAAUCUAGAGAAGCUCACAUUGUCACAUACACAAAACAGAGGGACAUACAAGGGUUUCCCAAUGUCGACAAAAUCUUCACAGAGGCUCUUCAACGGAAAGUGGACGAGCAAAAUAGUGAAACAUGGCAGCAAGUAUUCCAGUACCAGGAUAAGCUACAUUUCAAGACUACACAAGUUACAACGAAGCGAAAGGCCCACUUGGAAGUUGGUGACAUUAUUAAAAAGUUCCGCAAUGAAAAUACUAUGCCACUGAUGGUUGUAGUCCAGUCACCCAAAAGUCGGCAGCUUCCACGUCUAAUACCGUCUUUAAAGGAUUAUCCCAUGGUAUCUCUCAGAUCCAAUGCUUCGGAUAAUGAACUACCGCCAUUGGGCUGGCAACCGUACGCCGCAAGACAAAUCGUGGUGCAUUAUCUGGCGCUGGAUUCCUGGAUCAACCACUUAUUGGGGUUUGCGAGAUACGGCAAUGUCCCGAUUGGCAAUUUGGAGAAAGAUGACCCUAAACACUUGAUUGAUAUCCUUUAUGCUCGGCAGCUCGAGCAGAACAAUGCAGUUUUAUGGUGGUCUGCCAGUCCUCUUCCAGAUCAUGGCGGAUACGAAAAGGACAACAUACUUGGUCCGCUGAAUUCGGUUGAGAUGACUUCUGUCAAUAUAGCUGGUGCAUAUUCCACCGUUUGUAUUGAACUCGAGGUUCGAAAUCUUGCGAUCAAUACCGUGCUCACGUCUUCCCUUAUUAGCGACCUCGAGAACAAUGAACCUGCGUUACUCAAUCCCACGGCUCCAGGAGGUCAACAAACUAUUUCGGACGGAUCAGGUGUUUUGUAUUCAGACACUGCGUUUUCUGCUGCGGGUAUACUUGUAUUACGAGAUAUGGUGAAAUCCUGGUGGAAUGAAGCCUGUAAGGGCAAUGGCAUGGCGGACGUAAUGGUCCAGCACCUUAUUCGAUGGGUGGAUAGCGCUGAUUGUUGCUUAUAUGAUCACGCACUGCAUCAGUACAUGCAGAUGAUUCUAAAAAAGGCUUUGCAACAGCUUAUCAUGGCCUUCAAACGAGUUGGGUCCAACGUUAUCUACGCAAACCCGAACAGGUUGAUCCUUCAGACCACGAAAGCUGAGGUUGGAAACGCCUACGCCUACAGCAAAUAUAUCCUUCAAUCUAUCAAGGAAAAGCCAUUAUUCCACUUCCUUGACAUUGACAUCAAGGAGUACUGGGAUUACUUGAUAUGGUAUGAUCAGUUCAAUUACGGAGGCAAAGCAUGCCAGGAGGUUGUGGAGGCCGAUAAGCAAGAGCUGGAAGCCAUUAUGAACUGGCAGAUUUGCAGAUUUUUACCCACCCCCCUGCAGUCCGUGUUUGUAGACUGGAUUGUGGAGUACGUCGAGUUAAUGCAUGGGCUCAAGAAGCCUGCUACGGUGAGUGGUGGAGCCGAUGGAACUCCUCGGCAGACACAGCUUCCAUUCCGACCUGAAGACGAGAGUGAGAGCGUCGAGAUAACCUCCGUGUUGAGCCAAUCGUUCUCCAAAGCACUAAAAAAACAGGUAGCCGGCUUGAUUCGUCGACAGCGCGACGAGAUGCUGCACCCUGAGCUUGCCUCUGACUAUGAUUUCCCUGUACUCCCUGGAGCAAUGUCUCCGAAGCAUGAACGUAACCCAACCCUAGUGUUGGUUAAAUAUCUCAUGCAGGUCCUUGGGCUGUCUAAAUAUACAGCAUUGGAAGUGAGACUUCUCCGCCGAGAUCUCCUUGCCCUAUUCGACAUCCGCGAGUUUAGUGAUGAAGGAAAGUUCGAAAGCCCAAGCUCAAGCCUAGUUCUGUCACAGAUAAUAUGCCACAAUUGUACUAUGGCCCGGGAUUUGGAUCUCUGCCGUGACCCCGAAUUGCUUCCUGAGAGUGGAACGGAGAAUAAGGUGUCGACAACUCUUCCUCCAUGGACUUGCCCUUACUGCUCUACUGAGUACGACCGGCUAUUCCUGGAAGAGAGGAUCAUUGGCGAAGUUCAGGGCCUUGUGAUGGAGUGGCAAGCACAAGACCUCAAAUGCGCAAAAUGUGCUGGUAUAAUGAUUAAUCCAUUCAUGGAACACUGUUCAUGCAGCGGUGAGUGGGUUGAGACAAUCGACAGGCGUGCCACGGAGAAAAGGCUUCGGGUAUACAAAAGCAUAGCGGAUUUUUAUGGUUUCAAGAUGUUGUCUAUGGUUACGAAAGGCGUUUUGGAAGGCAUAUGA